AUGUUGGAUGCUCCUGUAUCUGGAGGUGUUCUUGGCGCAGAGACCGGAACACUUACUUUCAUGGUUGGCGGCUCAGAAGAAGCUUAUCUGGCUGCAAAACCCUUGUUUUUCUCCAUGGGCAAAAACAUAAUUUAUUGUGGUGGAGCAGGAAAUGGGUCGUUGUCCCUCUCACCAUUGAUUUCCUUGUUGAAUAACCUAGGGAUAGCUUUUGACAAAGGCCGGCCCUAG